GUAAAGCGCCAGCUGGUGCGGCCCAUGUCGUCGCCGCACGCGCCCGCCGAGCUCUCCCUGCUCGUGGUGCGCUGGUGGGACUACUGGAAGAACAAGCGCUCCCGCAGCCACAACGUGGCGAACGAGGAAAUGCUGUUGGACAUGCUAGAGGGCCCUGGCUCACCCCACGAGAGCUUCGGGAAGACAGGCAUGUACCAGGUGCACAGCGCGUUCAUCCGGAACACGUCCGACCUGGCUUCGGUCGGCAAGCAGCUCGCGGCCUCCAUGCGCGGGAAGCGCCGGGCGGGGAUGUACUUCCUGUGGCCCACGCAGCGGCCCGCGGUGGAGAUGCGCAUGCCGGGGUCGGUCGAGGAGAAG